AUGACCUUAGAAGCUGAACGUAAAGCUUGUGCAACUUGUUCGAAGACUGGAUGCACAGCUAUGUGUUAUGGAUGUCAACAAACAUUUUGCACGAAACAUUUUAUUAAACAUCGAUCACACUUAUCUCAACAAAUGAAAAUUUUCCAUCAGAAACAGGAUAUUUUUUACCAGGAUCUCGUUGGAGAUACAUUCGAACAUCCUUUGCUAGAAAGCAUUCAAGCUUGGGAACGUAAAUCAAUAAGUCGUAUUCAAGAGAUCGCUGAUAAAACGCGAAAUGAUCUUCAACAAUGGAUUGAGAAAACAAAAGGUCAAGUACAAGAUUCGUUAAAGCAAAUCGACGAACAAGUUCAAUCGAGUGAGAAAACGGACAAUUAUACGGAAUUGGAUUUCACACGAUGGAACAAACAAUUAGAAGAACUUCGCGAUUUACUCGAAAAACCAUCGAAUGUGUCGAUUGUCGAAGACGAAAAGCCAUGGUCAGUUAUUCGAACGAUAAAACUUAUUGAAAAAAGACCGUCCGCAGCGAGUUCGUUAUUAGAAUUGACCAAAGCUGAUGCUUGUCCGGAAAAAGCAAUCGAAUCUCAUCCCGAAAGUUUUGUCAUUAUGUUCGGGCCGUGUAAAUUAUCAGACAAUAAUCAGGUUGUUACACAUUCGAACUAUCGUGCUGGUUUAUCUCAAACAACUGGAAUUAAUCAAUACUCAUCCGGACGGCAUUCGAUCACAUUUCGUAUUGAAAAUAAGGGAAAUAAAAAUAUCUUUUUGGGCAUCAUCUCUUCAUCACAUCAAAUCAUUUCGCCAACAUUUGAUUACUCGGUUCACGGAUGGUGGAAUCUUGAUCAUACGAUUAUCAACGGAGAAAGUAAAGGUGGUGAAAGCGACGAAUCACUCGAAAAAGAUGAUCAAGUAACUUUAGUCAUCGAUUGUGGCGAACGACAAAUUGAAUUAGAACAUCACCGAAUAAAACGACGUGUACAUUUACAAAUUAAACAUGACGUUUGCCCAUAUCCAUGGAAGAUACUCGUUCGACUAUUAACAGCAGGCGAUUCCAUUCGAAUACUUUGA